GCCGACCGCAGGCCCAUGAGGCGGAGAAGACGCCCGCCGCGGCCCGCUGCGGCCCCGGCGCGGAGCGCUCGCCGGGACAUCCAGAGCCUCGACACUUUCGCGGCAGAAACGGAGGCCGCGCUGAAGGMUUGCCUGGAGGGCGGUGAGCCCGCGGAGGGCGGCGCCGCUGCGGUGGAGCUGCCCUGCCCCCUGGCCAUGUGGGAUCUGGGGCACUGCGAUCCCAAGCGGUGCACCGGGAGGAAGCUGGCGCGCGCGGGGCUGCUGCGCACCCUGCGCCUCGGGCAGAGGUUCGCGGGGCUCGUGCUCAGCCCCGCCGCGACUGCGCCCGUCUCACCGGCCGACAGACAUAUUGUUGCUCAGAGUGGAAUUGCAGUCAUAGAUUGCUCAUGGGCAAAACUCGAAGAAACUCCCUUUAAGAGAAUGAAAGGAAAUCAUCUACGGCUGCUGCCUUACCUGGUGGCUGCAAAUCCUGUAAACUAUGGCCGGCCAUGCAAGCUGUCAUGCGUGGAAGCUUUAGCUGCUACUUUUUGUAUUGUUGGAUUUCCAGACCUAGCCACCAUUCUUCUAAGGAAAUUUAAAUGGGGGAAGACAUUUAUUGAUUUGAACAAAAAUCUUUUGGAAAAGUAUGCAACCUGCCAUUGCCAAGAAGAUGUACUGAGAGUUGAAAAGGAGUAUUUAGACAGUGUCCAAGAAAUAAAAGAAGAAAUAGAUCCAUUUGAUGUUGACUCAGGAAAAGAAUUUUCUAAUCCUAAUAGGCCAGUCAAGGCCCCAGGUGUUUCCAGAAUAGCACAAAGUAAUGAAGAAUCUGAGGACAGUCCACUGAGCAAUACAGAUGAUGACACUGAAACCARUGAUGAGAACAGUUCCAAGGAAGAUGUCAGUGACACGUUGCUACACCAAGAACCAAGAAAUCAACUCCUGGAAAAAUAAAUAAAAGCCUUGUAAAGAGUUGUAAAAUCUUGUAUAAGACACUUUCUUGUGAAUAGUUAAUAGUAUGGGAGCUGUCCACCUGUAAUUGGGUGCUUAAUUAUCUCUUUCUAGCUGAACCUCUAUAGCCACAGAGGUUUACAGGUCUACUUAUACAUAUAAAGGUUAUUAUACAUAAUGGUUAUUAUGUAAGGAUGUUGAAGCUUAGUUAUGUUAGUAAAGAAACAUUUCUGAAGAGCACUUUAUAGGAAUUAUUUUUACUUGAUAGUAUGUUGUAGACUAGCCUUUUCUGACAUCUGGGGAAUAUUCCAUCUCGCAAAAGCUCUAAUUGUAGAUUAUUACCCAAAUGAGAGCACAUAAGGUGCUCCUGACUUCUGUGCAGUCUUAAAGCUGGUUUAUCCACUCUAGUUGUGUCACUUAUUUUACAGUAAACCAGCCAAUCACAACAACCACCGCCACCAAACACCUCACAAACGAAAAAGCCCUUCCUGGCAAGGUUUUAAAAUCUCAAUGCUGAGUUUUCAUGUGCUUAGGUUCAAUGAGAAGGUCCUUGACAACACCCAAAGCUUUAGCAUUUUAUAUUCAGAGAUAUAUCAUAGAAUUUCUGACAGUAGGUUCAAUAAUACUACUGCCACUAUUCUCAUUAUUUUGAGACAGCAUUCCACUAAAUCACAAUUGCACAUUACCCUCACUUUCACUUUGAGCUGUCUGCCAGUUUAGAAAGUAUAGCCAUUAUCCCAUUUUCAGGUUCC